AUGGGAUUGACCAAGGAUUAUUUGAAGUACGAGCACGCGGGAUCCUGUGGAUGCGUCGGCUCUACCAACGGACAGCUCGUUGCCAUCGAUGGUCAGACUGUCGCAGUUUCCGCCAACGAAUACCUCAAUUUUUACAACAUGCGAACGAAUGAAAAGGUACGAGUACAAAACGAAUUUUUCUCAUCGAGAUAUUCAGGUCAAUGAAAUCAUCGAAUCGACAAAGGCAAUCACUUGUGUGAAACAAUGCGAAAACAAACCACUUCUGGCCGUCGGAUACGCGGACGGUUCCGUCAAAUUGUUCGAUCGCGAGAAUGAGGAAGUCGAGCCAGUGAUGUUUUCUGGACACAAGAAAGCAGUGAAUUGCAUCGAAUUCAGUAGUGACGGACUUCUUUUUGCCACGGGAGGAAAAGACGGCGUCAUCGUUCUAUGGGACAUUCUCGCCGAAAGAGGAAUGUUCCGUUUGCACGGCCAUAAAGAAUCUGUCACUCAGAUGAAGUUCGUGCGCGGAGACAGAUUCAUAAUUUCCACGUACGUUUGUAGCCUAAAAACUUUGUAAAAAGUUAUGUUGUUUCAGUUCGAAAGACAGUCUCAUCAAGUUUUGGAGCAUCGCCAGUCAGUCGUGCUUCUACACAGUGAUGGACAGUCGGAACGAAAUCUAUUCAAUGAGUUUGCACCGAGACGAGAGAGUCCUCGUGGCAGCCACGUCCGAGCUGGAGCUGCUUGUUUUUGAACUAGAUUGGAAGAACGGAGCCAUUUUUGAACAAGAAGUGAAGGGUGAGCCAAGCGCGAAAAAGUCGACGAACGAGGAAAACGAAGAUGAAACACUCGCCAACAUGGCCAACAGAUACAUUUCGACGAAGCUUAGAGGAAGAGUCAUUCGGCAGAGCAAAGGAAGAGCACUCCAGUUGGUUCCCACCGCCGAUGACCGUUUCCUGGUCUGUGUUGGCGCUGACAAAGUGGCUGACGUCUACAGGGUCUUUUCGGAAGCCGAAUCUGAGAAGAGACUUACGAAGAAGCUGAAGAGUGCGAAGCGAAAAGCCACGUGAGUUGUUCUUUUCAUAACCAUAAAUGCUUACUGCAUUGCUUUCAGUGAUAGCAGCGUCAUCAGCGAAGAUGACGUGGUCAAGGAUGUCACUAUUCUGCUGACAAGAAUCGGGGAAAUGGCGCUUCCGCACAAAAUUAAAUGGAUUGAUGUGGUGAGGGCCGUGAAAACAGAGGGUGGCAGCCUGAUGUACAAGUGGUACGCACUUUUGACGAAUAACACCGUUCACUGGGUUAUGAUGACCGUUGACGCUUCUUCCAAUGCCGUCCAAUGCGACAGCGUCGGAAAUCUGGAUAAACUGGGCCAUCGGGAGGAGGUGCGAGCCCUUGCCGUCUCCUCGUCGUCAAGUCUUCUUGUUUCCGGAGGAGGAAACGAAGUUAUCGUGUGGAGUACGCAUUCGCUCAGAUCCUCGCUCACUUUGACUGACAAUGAUGUAAAGGAAGUUGUUGCUGUGAAUUUUGUGCCAGGAGACAACUAUAUUCUGUCCGGAGGAAAGGUGAGUGAUUUUAUUUGCUUUUGAAAUAAGUAUGCCUUUCUUUCAGAAUGGUGAAAUUGGAGUGUUCGAAUUGAGCAGUGCCGAGCUCGUGGAGACGAGAAGGGCGCAUACUGGUGCCAUCUGGACCAUCCAGAAUACCCCGGACGGCGAAGGCUUCAUGACGGCGUCAGCUGACAAGACUGUCAGAUUUUGGUCUUUUGUGCUUGUAACCGAAGGAUCUAGAAAGAGAAUAUCAGUGAGAGCGCAAAAAGUUCUCGAACUUCCGGACGAAGCACUCGCUGCCUGUUUCUCUCCCGAUGGGAAGUUCCUUGUCGUCGCUCUUCUGAACAAUACUUGCUCCGUUUACUUUGUUGACACGUUGAAGUUCUUCGUUUCUCUCUACGGACAUUCCCUUCCGGUCACUUGCGUUGAUAUCGCUCCAACCAGCAGAUUGUGUGUCACUGGCUCCGUUGACAAGUCAGUCAAAGUGUGGGGACUGGAUUUCGGAGACUGUCACAAGUCAUUCCACGCCCACGACGACGCCGUCACGUCUGUUCUCUUCUGUCCCGGAGAGGAACAACUAUUCUGGAGUGCCGGAAAAGACGGAAAGAUCAAACAAUGGGACGCCGUCAAGUUCAUUUUGGUGCAAGUUUUGGACAGACACACUUCGGAUAUCCGCUGUCUCGCACAGUUUACCAAUGGCUCUGUGAUGUUCUCCGCCUCGCACGAUAAGUCCAUUCGUUGCUGGGAGAAGACGGAUGAAAUGGUGAUUGUGGAAGAACGAGAAGAGAUAGAGAGAGAAGAAGAGUACGAGAGGAAGUUGAUCGAUGAGGAGGACAUUGUUGCCGGAGAGAAUCCGGACAACGAAGCGGGAGUGGCCAGCAGCAAGACGAGCUCCAGUGUCGUCUCCGCAGAGAACAUCAUCCAGGCAGUCGAUAUUGUGAGAAACGAAAAAGUUCAAAGAGCAGAAGAUCCGAAGCACGACCCUCAUCCGCUGAUCGGCGCCUACGGCAGCAAGUCUCUCGAUCAUUUCAUCGUCGACGUCAUCGCCAAGUGCCGUCCCAGUGACCUCGACAGAGCUCUUCUUCUGAUUCCUCUCUCCUACGUGGCCGACAUCCUUCUCGCCAUCGCUUCUGCCACUCAACAGCAGUACAAAGUAGAGCUCUGCACUUAUGUCGCUGUUUACUUGACCAGGUUAAUUUCCUUUUCGAGCAGCCAUUUAUAAUUCUAAUAUCUUUCAGAGUUCAUCUCAGCCACAUUAUCGCCUCUUCUGACUACGUCCCAAUUUUCGAGCAAAUGAAGUCCAAAAUGUCGGAAGGAGUGGAAAAGUUGAGGGGUGUCACUGGAGUCAAUCUGGCUGCUCUUCGGCUCUUUGCCGCGGAGAUUGAAGAUCGGGAGGAUAUUCAACUGUUUGCAGAAAUUAAUUUGGGCGGCGCUGAUCCGAAAAAGAAACGAAAGUCGAGGAAAGCUGUGUUGAAGACUCUCGGUAUGUUUUUCGGCGUGAAAGUUUUGUCUGAAAAGAGCAUUGCUCAUUCGGUUGGUCAAACAAAAGCAUCGGACACCUGUGAAAGUGUUUCUUAAUUGGAAAGGCUUUUGUCCGUCAUCUGCCUUUCUGCCUCUCGCUUUCUCUCGUUCAUUUUUGCCCCGAAAGCAAACAAAUGUUGGCCCCUCUUUCCAGCAUAA